AUGGACACGAUACCCAUGAACCCAUGGGCCUUCCUCAAGGCAAAGGUCGGCGCCAGCAUGUCUACGGGAAGCGGACCACUGUACAUGGGCUUCGACCUGUCAACGCAACAGUUGAAAGGUCUUUGCGUCGACUCGGACCUGAAACUUGUCUACGAAGCCAAAGUCGAUUUCGACGCUGAUCUCCAGAAAUAUGGCAUCGAAAAGGGCGUUCUGACCAACCCCACUGAAGGCGAGGUCUUCGCUCCUCCAGCGAUGUGGCUUGAAGCUGUUGAUCUUGUCCUCGAUCGCCUGCGAGAGGAGGGACUGGACUUCAGUCGAGUGAAGGGAUUGUCCGGAGCAGGCAUGCAACACGGAACAGUCUUCUGGUCACGAGAAGCAGAAGCUCUGCUGAAGGCCCUCGACAGCAAGAAGUCACUUGUCGAGCAACUUGCGCCGAAAGGUACUUAUGUACCAAAUGGCGCUUUUGCUCAUCCUAUGAGUCCCAACUGGCAAGACGCGAGCACGCAGAAGCAGUGCGACCUCUUCGAUGAGCAUCUGGGCAGUCCGCAGACGCUCGCCAAUGCCACAGGAAGCAAAGCUCAUCAUCGAUUCAGUGGACCUCAGAUCCUUAGAUACAAGACAAAGUACCCAGAGCACUACGAGAAGACAUCAAGGAUCUCAUUAGUUUCUGCUUUCCUGGCUUCUGUGUUCUUAGGCAAGUUCGCACCAAUGGACAUCAGCGACGUCACCGGCAUGAACCUUUGGGACGUUGGCAAGGGAGCUUUCUCCGACGACCUCCUCGAACUCGCAGCAGGAAGCAAAGAGGCCGCCAGAGCCCUUAAACAGAAGUUGGGCCACGUCCCAGAAUCAGGCGGUGACAGCUUCGGCAAUAUAAGCUCAUACUUCACCUCCCGCUAUAACUUCCCCAAGGACUGCCAAAUCAUCCCCUUUACAGGCGACAACCCGUCCACCAUCCUUGCCCUGCCCCUGCGCCCCUCAGACGCAAUGGUCAGUCUAGGGACCAGCACAACAUUCUUGAUGAGCACUCCCGUAUGGAAGCCCGACCCAGCAUACCACUUCAUGAACCACCCGACGACCGCCGGCCUGUACAUGUUCAUGCUCUGCUACAAGAACGGCGGCCUGGCCCGCGAACAGAUCCGGGACCAAGUCCCCGGCACUACCAACAAAUCCUGGGACUCAUUCAACUCAGUGGCUCUUGCCACUCCACCAGUCUCACUAGAAUCUGAUUCAGACAACAUGAGACUAGGCCUUUACUUCCCACGCCCCGAGAUCGUCCCCAACCUCCACGCAGGCCAAUGGCGUUUCAACUACUCACCCACCACCGGCAAGCUCACUGAAACAUCUUCCGAUUUCUUGUCGGACGACGCCCGAAACAUAGUAGAAUCGCAAUUCCUCUCCCUCCGCCUCCGAUCAACCAACCUGCUCAAAGCCGAACAAGACCUCACGACCGGCAAGACCCUGCCACCACAACCCCGAAGAGUCUACCUCGUAGGCGGCGGCUCCGCCAACCCUGCUAUAGCCCAAAUCGCCGGCGAAGUCCUCGGCUCCGUAGAAGGAGUCUACAAACUCGACAUCGGCGGCAACGCUUGCGCACUAGGUUCAGCCUAUAAGUCCGUCUGGGCGUGUGAGAGGAAGGCGGGUCAGACCUUCGAGGAUCUAAUUGGGAGUAGGUGGGACGAGAGUCAGUUUGUGAAGAAAGUGGCGGAGGGGUACAGGGAGGGGGUGUUUGAGAAGUAUGGGGUUGCUGUUGAGGGAUUUGAGAAGAUGGAGAGGGUGGUCCUUGGGGAGGAAGGCGAGGAGUAUGGGAAGAUGACUGGUGGGGUUGUUUUCAGGAGCGCGAAGUGA